AUGGCACCAUGGCUCCUGGCUUCCUUCCUGGCAGCAGCUGUGGCAGACACCAAUCCCACAGGCAGUAGCUCCUGCCCCUGCGUGGAGUGGGCCGGGCUACAGGGCUACAUUCAGGGCGGCGAGCUGAAGUAUACCCCACAGGGAUCCACCUCUUCGUAUGUGUAUCCGACCAACUAUGGGAAUCUGGAAUGCAAGGCGCAUGACGCCGGCCUGGCUCCCCAUUGCAGCGGAGCAUCGCCUCCGGCGUGGUGUAACAAGCCUUGGUGCUACGUUUCCACUGCCAACUGUGUCGGCAUCCAGCCCUACAGGAGCGUGAAGUUCCCAGGAUCGGAUGCUUACUACAGUUACCAGACCUGUGGAGAGUCCAACGAGUUCACCCUCUGGGCGGAAGCCAUGGGCACAGACGGCACGGUCACGAGCGACCCGACAGCUGCGCCUCGAGUCACCGAGCUCCUUGAUGUGGUGAUGGACUACCUCUGGAGCACAAGGGACUCUUUGGAGGCGCAGUAUGUCCAAAUGAUGGCCAACGGCAGCGUGAGCGCAUGCAGCUACAUCGACUUUUGCCCGUGUGUGGAGUGCUAUCAGAAUGCACUCUGGCAGGAGAAGAUCGACCCAGCCACGGUAGGAGCGUGGCUACGACCUUCCGUGAUUGGACAGACUACACAGGAAUGGAAUGUCCUGACCUGCCUGGUGGGUCUUGUAGCAGCCACCUACAGCAGUGUGGCGGCAAAAGAGGGUCAGCCACUCGAACGUAUCGGCUACCAGUACUUUGCCGACCAGAAGUCUGGUAGUUACAUUGGCUGGCCUGCGAUGGACUGGUGCCCGACGAACUACGACCCACGUUUCCGCCCCUGGUACGCCUCGGGCUCGACGGGUCCGAAGGAUGUCUUGAUUGUCGUGGAUGUGUCGGGCAGCAUGGGCGAGGCCAGCAUAGCUGCGGGGGAGACCUCGAUGUGCCAGAAGGCAAUCAUCUUUCUCACGGACGGAACUGCGGAGAUGUCGAAUGACAACUUCGUAAGUGUCCAGCAGCAAUCGGUGACCUACGAUGUCUCCGAUUUCACGAAGACCUGCCAACAGUUGGAUACCAGUGACUGCCGCCUGCAACGGCUCCGGGCCGCCGUUGGCACAGAGUCUGUGUGUGAAGGUGACGUGCCGAACACCUGCUCUUGCAUGGACCCAGAUUGCCAAGAUGACGCGUCGUUCAUCGACGAGAAGGGCUACUUCUGCGAUACGUGGGUUGGUGACGACUGCUCCAAGGCUCAAGAGGCCUGGGGCUACUCUGCCGCCGGCCAGCAGGCAGCACUGACAAGGUGCCGGCGCUCUUGCGGGCGAUGUUCCAUGCUGUCCCCAUGCCCAACCAAAGAGCGGUGUGUGGGCACUGAGCGCUUCUCCUCCAGCGGCUGUCGGGCGUGCCGUACGGACAAGGUGUCUGGGGUCGACAUCCAGGGCAGGCAAAUGGCCUGUCCAGGCGUUUCCACCUCUGCUACCCCCAAUGCCGGCGGCGCAUCGGCCAGCUCGAGCAGCAUGAGGCUGAUGGCUGUGCUCGUGCUCUUGGCACGUUUCAUCGUCGGCAUGUCCUCGGAGCUGUCAGCGCUUGGCAUUCACCCGCACUCUGCCCGGCCACGCGCCGAGCCUCCGCUGUUGCCAGACCUUCAAGUCUGCGAAGAGCUUGCAUGGCUGAAGUUGCCGAUGUUUACCUUCAACGAUCCACGUGGAAACUCGCUCCGUGACCCUGCCAUCAGCGUGCACUUCGCCAACAUCCAGCAGACGGGCUGCCUGAAAGUCAACAGAAUCGUCUUUCAUUAG